UUGGGCCACUUGCCCCAAACCCGAAAAUCUAAUCAAUUCAUUCACUCCAGUCCAUGGGAAAACACUGGAGCUUCUCCAGGCCUAUGAAAAUUCUAGGGUUUCCAUAAACCUCAGUCUCAGCUCGCUCGCCAAUGGCGUUAACAGGAAUUGCUCUUCAACUCAGACCCAAACACAGAACAAUUCAAAACCCUAGUUUCAUCCACUUCUUCUCAUCUUCAACCUCCGACUCCAAUGUCGAAGAUCAAAACACUCCGUCUUCAUCACCAUCACCAUCACCAUCACCGUCACCGUCACCGUCACCGUCACCAUCACAAUCACAAUCACAAUCACAAUCCCAAUCCCAAUCCCAAUCCCAAUCUUCCUUCUCUUCGUAUUUCAGCGAUGUCAAGGCCAGUCUCAAACAACAACAAUCUCCACAGCAACAAUAUCGACAACAACCUAGCAAGUACUCUCUCUCCUCUCCUAAAACCCCCUCAAAGGUCGCUUCUUUGGAAGAAAUCCGCAAGAACCUCUCCGAGUUCCGCCGUCGCUCCGCCGUGCCGACGCCGGGGGACAAGUCGUCGUCGUCAUCUCCGCCUCUUCCGCCGUCUCAGCCCAUCUCGUUUCAGGAGCUUUACAAGCGAAAUGUGAUAUCCAAAGGCGAAAAUUCCACCAACGAAGCGAGUUUAAGGGGGAGGUACUCGUUCGAUGCCAUUCGCGAGAGCUUGAAGCAGCUCCGAUCGAACGCUGAGAAGAACAAUCAAGUCAGCAUUAACGAUCCGAUGUCGCUUUCGAAGUUCAAGGAGAGUUUCAAGUUGCGGCCUGUUGAUCCGAAUGCGAGGGACUCGACGGUUAUGAUUGGGGGGAGUGAUGAGCUUCCGGCGUCGGUGUUUGCGAGGGAGAUGAGGGAAAAGAAGGAGCCAGAGUCACCUGCGAUGAAGACGGAGUUUGUGAAGAGUUAUUCUCAAGAGGAGUUGGGGAUGAAGUUGAGGAAAUUGAGGCCGGAAGCUAAGACAGAAAAUUGGUUUUCAUUGGGGGAGUUGAAUGAGAGGCUGAUGAAGUUGAGAGAGAUGGAGGAGAAAGAAACAGAGUUGAAAGUUGGUGGUAUUUCCUUCAGGGAUUUGAGGGAGAGCCUUGAGAAGUUGAAGAUUUCAGAUAAUGAGAAGACAAAGAGACAAACAAUUCAGAGACUUGAUAUCUUGGGCCAGUUUGGUGGAACUCCAAACUUUAUGCUUUCACCACCGAAGGAGCAGUUAGUUGAAAAGUAUUUCCAUCCAGAUAACAUGUCGUCCUCAGAGAAGCUGAAACUUGAGCUUCAGAAAGUCAGAGAUGAAUUUAAAAUGUCAGAGUCAGAUUGUGGAUCUGCUCGCGUUCAAGUGGCACAACUGACAACAAAGAUCAAACACCUGUCCACAGCUUUACACAAGAAGGACAAGCAUUCUCGAAAGGGUCUUCAAGAAAUGGUCCAAAGGAGGAAGAAGUUGUUGAAGUACCUACGAAGAACCGACUGGGAUUCCUACAGCCUUGUGCUUUCUAAACUUGGUCUCAGGGACAACCCCAAUUAUAAGCACUAGAUAAGCAUGUAGCAAAAAUCUGUUUUGUUUGCAAUUGUGAUUUUGAAUUUAUUCGAUUCACAAUAUUUCUUCCAUUUCGCUUUUUGGGAAGAUAAAAUUGGAGAUGCUUUAAUUAGUUUCCGACCCUAUGACCUUUUUACUGAAAAAUUAGUUGUAGUGUGAUCUGUGCCCCUAACAUAGUUUUUUAAUAACCCAUUAUAGAUCACAGAUAAAAUAACAGCCAAGUUGUAAGAAGGCAGGAAUUGCUUGAGGAGCUGUCUAAAGAUUGUCUAAUGAAUUUGUUUUAAGUUUUUAGCUUCAUUUGCUGUGAUGAA